AUGUCUUUUCAACAUUCUUCACCACCAUUAACAACAGAACUCUCGAUUCAAGAUGUGGAGAGAGCUUCGGAACGAAUCAUCAAAUAUAUUCAUCGCACACCUGUGCUCAGUAGCUCAACACUUUCCGCAAUGACUGGAAUUCCUGGUUGUACUUUAUAUUUAAAGUGUGAAAAUUUUAACAAAGUGGGAGCUUUUAAAAUUAGAGGUGCCACAAAUGCAGUGUUAAAGGCAUUGGAAAAUGGUGAUGAUGAAUUGAAGAGAAAAAUCAAAGAAGGAGGAGUCACCACACACUCAUCAGGAAAUCAUGCUCAAGCCAUUGCUAAAACAUCUCAAAUGUUAGGAAUUCCAGCUCAUGUGGUCAUGCCUUCCAAUUCUCCAGAUGUGAAAAAGAAUGCUGUGGAACAAACUUACGGAGCUCGUGUCGUCUUGUGUGAACCUACACUAAAAGCAAGAGAAGAAACAUGUGAAAAGAUCAUGAAAGAGACUGGAGCAAUGUUCAUUCACCCCUACGACAAUGAUGAUGUCAUUGCAGGACAAGGAACUGCUGUAAAAGAAUUAUUGGAACAAUUGAAAGAGGAACAAAAAGACAUUUGCCAUUCACAUUUCCCAUUGGAUGUGUUGAUCGUUCCAGUUGGAGGUGGAGGACUCUCUUCAGGUAGUUCUCUCUACUUUAAAGAGAAGGCAGCUCUCGAAUUGAGAGAUGAAAAGCUCGAGAAAAACCAUGUCUCUGACGAUCAGGUAUUGAAAGCAAUGAAACUCGUUUGGGAACGAAUGAAAAUUGUGAUUGAACCUUCGAGUGCAACUGUGGUGGCACUGGCUCUCUACCAUGACGAAUUUAAACAAUUGGCUCUCGAGAAUGAAUGGAAGAAUAUUGGAAUGAUCAUUAGUGGUGGAAAUACGUCCAUGAUCUUUGGAGAGAAGAAGUGA